AUGGAUCAUGGUGCCAGCCACGCCAGACUACACGGUCCUUCAGCUUGGGUUCCUAAUACUAACGAUCCCCAACCAGCAAUAACGGUUUUACCAGGGAUCUUUUACAGUGAGUGCCCUCAACCCGUUUUCCUUGAUCCACCUGUUUGGACGUUUGGCCUUCGAAUCAAACCUGUUUCGGAUUCAAACGACCCAUUUAGUCUCAGGCUCGAAAUCCUAGGAUGUCAAGAUAAUGAUUGUGAUAGCGAAUUUGGAACCAUGCGAGGGAGGGUGGAAGGUGUAUCGGUCAAGGAAUCAGAUGAUGGGGGAACAUCUGGGUCAGUAUUAGCUGCCCUAAGAGCAUUUGAUUAUUACACCACCGGUUGGAUUCCAAAGACACCGAAUGGCUGGGUUCAGAUAUCAGUCAGUGAGCCUUUUCGAAUGUCAGCCCUUAUUCUUCGAAAGUGCAUUGACCCCGGUACCCGGAUAGACUCAUUCCGACUCUGGUUUGGAUCAAAUAAGAUGAUAGAGGCUGGCGAACUUAACUUAACCCAGAUUUUUUACGCCGAAUACCACAACACAAGCAUCUCACGGGUUAAUUUUACAGUACCCUUUGAGCUGGUAGAUUUAGCCCGCUUCUACCCCAUGAGUACAUCUACACACAUCUGCCUCAGAAUGGAGCUUAUUGGAUGUAACUUUUCAAGAUGCAGCGAACGACUGGGUAUGGAAUCUAGGACUAUAGACAGAAAACAACUAACGUGCAAAGGGUGCAAUGAAACAACCAUCGAUCAAGCUCGGCUUCAUCACUUCGACUCUACAGGUUUCACUGGAUGUGUACUCCCGACGACUAAGGACCAUGAUAUCUGGUUCCAGUUUGCUUUUAAAGACGUCCAAGUUUUCCAUGCUAUCAUGAGUCAAGGAGGUUUUGUUAACGGCGGGCCGACUUUCAUUACCAGGUUCAAAGUGAAGUAUAAACUGCUACACUCAGGGAAGUCACUGUGGAGAGAGUACAAAAAUGGCAUUGGAGAAACAAUGUACUUCGAGAAUGUGCCUGACCCCUACACUGUAUCGACACAUCGUUUCGAGAGGGCGUUCUUCAGUCGGACUGUGCGAGUCUGUCCUGAUUCCGAUAUGACAAAGCCGAGAGUUAUACGACUUGAACUUGUGGGCUGCCGAUUGGAUGACGCCGAUAAAGUAUGUGGCGACAGAGAGUUUCUACACCAAGGUUUCUGUUAUGGUGUAGUGGACGAAGAAAGCCCUUCAGCAUGCGACCAGAUCUUUAUUCCUGGCAGUCACCCUGCCGACAUCAAAACCUCAUCAAUUCAGGGUUUCAUAACAAGUAAGAGUGAAACACUGCUUCAUGACAAAGAUGACCGUUUUGUGAUUGGACUUGAUAGGGAAAUAGGAGGAGAGUUCAAAUGGACCGACGGAACACCUUUAGACUAUUCACAAUUGGCUCUAAAUGGUUCCGUUGAUGAACUACCAAAUGGCCGAGUAUGUGUGUACAUGGAUGCCUAUGCCUGCUUCGAUUGGAAGACAUAUGACUGCAUGCCACAAAAGAGAGCCAUCAUUUGUCAAUACGACAUAAAUGAAUGCCUAGGUACUCAUCAUGGAUGUACCUACGAGUGUAGCAACACACCAGGAAGCUACUAUUGUGUUUGUCAGUCUAGAUUUAGGAGAGACACUGGAAAUAACUGCAUAGGUAAUUGUCAUAUAAAUCUUUAA